GUGCACGAUAUUAAUUUCUGCUACAUUUGUGACAAGAAUAGAUGAACUGCACGAUUUCAAGAAUAGGUAAACUGCACGAUAUAAAACAAAACAAAAAAUUAUUGUAUAAAAGCAUUUAAUCAUUAUUUAUCACUGAUCAAUGUUUUUUCUCACUACAUCUUUUCUUUUUCAUUUCGUAUCUCUUUAACGAAGGAAGUGUCUUUGCAAAUAUUUCAUAAUCUUAUAAUCUUGCCACCGGGUACCGACACAACUUGCAGAAAUACCUGGCACCGAGGCUUACUCGUGUUUUCUUGGAAUUAGAAAAUACGCUUACAUCCGUCGUAAAACAACCGUAAAACCUAGCCAAGGAAUUUUGAUUUAAUAUUGCUUCAUCAUUUAAAAUAUAUACAUUAGGAUUAUGAAUUUAUUAAAAUAUUAUGUUCUAUUAUUCCAACGAAGAAUUAUAAACGAAGGAGAUGCCUUUGCAAAUAUCUUAUAAUCUUGCCACCGGGUACCGACACAACUUGCAGAAAUAUCUGGCACCGAGGCUUACUCGUGUUUGCUUGUUUUCUUGGAAUUGGAAAAUACGCUUACAUUCGUUCUAAAACAACCGUAAAACCUAGCUAAGAAAAUCUGAUUAAAUAUUGCUUCAUCUUUUAAAAAUAUAUACAAUAGGAUUAUGAAUUUAAAAUAUUAUGUUCUAUUAUUCCUACAAAGAAUUAUAAACUUUUUGGAAUAUCGUUAUAAAAUAACUUUAUGUAAAAACAGAUGAUUUAAUCAUCACCUAAAUUAAAUACACGUCCCAAGAAAAUGUUCGUUAACGCCCCAAGCAAACAAUAACAUGAACGGUGAUAUGUUAUUGAUCAUGAUGUGGGUGUGGAAAAUAGCUUUUAGUUAAUUUAUUGGCGUUAGGAUAUUAUCGCCAGCCUUAGAGUUACAAGGUAAACAUUUUUAUGUUUAUUUAUGUUAUAUUUUUAUGUUUCUGAAGUUUCUACUGUAUUGAGCAGAAUAACUUUUUUUUUUUUAAGUUCAUUUUUAAAUUCGAGGUAUUUGUGAUUUGAGCUUCUGCGAAUGUUUAGACUAUAAACUCCAUAAAACGGGAUUAAAAAUAGCGUUUUACAAAAUUGCUCAGUUCAAAAUUACGCAGUGCGGGAAGCACAGUCAUGUCGGUUAUCAUGAAGAACGCACGUCGAGAAAUGAUACUUAUGAAAUAGCAGUCAAUUUUAUAGCAUCGUAGUUGGACUAAAAAAAGUGCGCCAUAUUCCAAUGUCGCUGUAAUAAAUCAUUUUCCGGUUAUUUUUAUUAUGAAACAACAUCAAAAAUCAACAUGCAAAUGCGACCAAUAACUGUUACCUAUUUUAGCAACUGAGACGCGGUCUACAGAUAAUGGUGCCUGGCCUAAACCAUGCGAAAUAUUGCAUGUAUUUUGUCGGUAAUCUAGAUUCUUAUCGCUUUCCAUGAGACCGAACACUUAGGAAUCGUUAUGAUGAUAACGAGUUUGCUAUACACACAUAUAUGUAUAUAUUUAAAACACAUCUUCUAAUCGACAACUUGAAAAAUAUAUACACACUGGAUUCAGAAACUUAUCUUGCAAUGAAAUAAGAUGUUGGAAAUAAAAGACAAAAACUAUGUAUGUUUGACUUCGAGCAAAUUAGUUUCGUGUGAAUUUGUUCAAAAUAAGCUGAUUAACAAGUUUCAUAGCCAUCUCAAAACCAGUUAGGUGACCAGAGAUGUUGAACACGAAGCGGCCGACACGGCCCAGAGCUAUGUGUCGCUAUAAUUACAUAUUAACCACGUAAAAGUAUUGUUGCAUUCCCAAUAAUCUUGCAGAAGAUCGAAAUAAAAAAACACGCUUAAAAGUGAUACCUACAUUCAAAUUUAUAUGAUGUAUAGUUUAUAUGUUUUUGUGGUUUGAGCUACUGCAAAUGUUUAGACUAUAACAUUCCAUAACAUGGGAUUAAAAUUAGCGUAUUAUAAAAUUGCGCUGUUCAAAAUUACGCAGUGCGGGAAGCAGGGAACAAUCGAAGUUGAGAAAGCCUUGGGUUAUCAUGAAGAACGCACGUCGAGAAAGGAUGUUUUAAAUAUUAUACUUAUAUGAAAUUUUAUUCAAUUUUAUAGCAUCGUAGUUGGACUAGAAAAAAGUGCGCCCUGUUAUAAUUUUGCAUUUUAUUUGCAUCUAACUAUAAAUGUUGAGCAAUUGAAUAAAUGAAAAAUAUCACGGAAAUUUUUAUUUUUUUGAUGAUUUUAAUUAUAUAUAUUUUUUCUAUAAAAGCAUUUUAAGCACUUUUUGGGCUGUUUAAUAUAUAAUCCAACUUUGAACUGAUAUAAUUUAUAAAAUUCAUGUUUUUAUGACCCAUGAAAUUCGGAUCCGUUCAAUAUUUGAGUAUUGGAGUGUAGGAAAAGAAUGUGUCGCUGAGAAUAUUUGAGUAAUAACGAGAAGGGCGAGAUGUUAUAGAAUAGAUAAUGUCCAAAUUUGAACAUAAAGAGCUUGCAGCACUGAAAAUGAGUAACACAUGAUGAAAAUUGCAACUUUAACGGCUGGGCACAACAAAUUGGUAAGUUUACCAAGUCAAUGAUACCAGGUAAAUGUGGAAGCCCAGUAAUGGUUCGGUGUAUUGACAAAGCAGCCUUUCAAAGGUAUUUAGGCAGUAGUUAAUGUGAAAAGCGAUUUUUCGCAAGAAGAAGAAGAAAAGAAAUACUAACAAGAUGAACAACAACAAUUAACAUAAUAACAAAACGAUCCAUAUAGACAUUUCGUUUCCAAUAAGAACACAAAGCACUGUUGUAAAUGCCUUUACUAUGAUACAAAAUUACUCCGACGAGUUCUUUAGUACUACGUCAUCAAAGGACCAUACUAAUUAUCGUUAGAUUUCUGCACAGUUAACUUAUAAAAAUUUUAGUUUCGCAAACGAAGCCCACUUUAAACAAGCUGUAAACAAUAAAUAAAUUUGCAUUGCUUUAAAUUAUAAUCAAAAGAUAGCUAAUUUGAUUUUCAUUUGUGGUUCACUUACCAGGUUUAAUCAAAGACACAAUGUAUAGAAAAACGGAUGCUAUUUAUAAGUUUUUGCUUUUGCUCACCUUAAGUCUUUCACAAACUUGUAACUGCAAGAAAGUUGUGAUCAUCGGGGCAGGUGUGAGUGGUUUAUCCGCUGCUCGAGUGUUAUUUGAAAAUGGCCAAUCUGAUGUUACUAUUCUCGAGGCAACUGACCGCAUUGGAGGACGAAUAUUUACAACAGAAUUCAAAGGUCAUAUGUAUGAACAUGGUGCUCAGUGGAUACAUGGCGCGGAGGGAAAUGCUGUUUAUGAGUACCUACAUAAAGAUACAAAACUCGAAAUAGAGAGUUGGGGUCGCUACUCUCCGGCAAAAGACUCAAAAUUUCAGUACUACAGUGGAAGACCUUUGACUCCAGCUAUAACAGAUUUAUUUUGGAAUUCUUCAAGAGUUGUGGACUAUAUCGAAUUAGAAAUUGAGAGACUCGUUGAAUCAGUGGGAAGAAGUGAGGAAAAAGUGGCCAAUCUACCACUAGGAAACUUGGCAAGAAAAAUGUGGAGAAAAAAACUAUUUAGACACUAUAAAAAAAAGCUUGGACUUAAUAGAGAAGUGAUCAACCCAGUUCUUAUAAACAAAUUUGGAUUACUCGAGAUCACUGACGGAGGACAUCCUAAUAUUGUUAAUUGUCUAGCAUGGUACCAAUAUGAAGAGUAUGGCGACAACGACGUAAAAGUUUUGGAUGGAUAUAUGAGUUUGCCAAAAAAAUUGAGUAAGAGUAUCCCGAAAAGUGCAAUCAAGUUGAAUAGCAAAGUAAAAAGUAUUCAGUGGAACAAGGAAAAUAAAAAUGGAGUCGCGAUAAAGUAUUUGAAUCAAUUUAACAAGACUGAAGUAAUACACGCUGAUAUGGUACUCGUGACGGUUUCGAUCGGCUGUCUCAAAAAAUAUCACAAAACUCUCUUUGAUCCAAAUUUGCCAAAGGAAAAACACGCCGCAAUAAAGAAGAUCGGUUUUGGCGCAAUAAACAAAAUGUUUCUCUUUUACGAAGAACCCUUCUGGGGACCAGAAAAGUUUUCCGAAAGAUAUCUCAUAUGGGAUUCGUACGAUGAAUUAACUGAUACGGUAUCUGAAGACGAGUUUUCUAUUAAAAGUCAUUGGUGUCGUGGCGUAUAUAAAAUCACAAGCUACAAAACAAAUUUUCUUAUGCUUUGGAUAACUAAAAAGACUUCAAAUAGGAUACGUAACAUACCUGAAAGUGAUCUUAAAUUGACUGUUACAAAUUUGUUACGACGAUUUCUGAACAACCCAAAAUUACCAGGUCCUGAUGAUAUCAUAACAACCAAAUGGCAUCAGGAUAAAAAUUUUCUUGGCACCUACAGCUACCCGGCAAUUGGACAAAUGUCAAGCCAUCAGAAAAAAGUACGAGAACCUUUAUACGUUAACAAAAUGCCAAGAGUCUUUUUUGCAGGAGAAGCGCUGAGUAUACCGAGAUACAGCACAGUAGAUGGAGCAUUCUCGACAGGAAAAAAUGAGGGAGAAAGAAUCUUAAAGUUAAUGCAAGAAUCUAACCCCAAACCAUUGACGUGAUGAUUCCACUUUGACAUCUUCUAUAUAUUCUAUAUGUUUACAAGCGAAAUAAUAUCUGCUCAAAGCCAGAACAUGUCUUUUAAUCUGUUUCACCUCGACUCGUCCAUGCUUCAUAUUCAUUGGUGGUACCAGAAGGCGUUACAAUCGUAGUUUGACGAUGUUUUACUAUCCAGUUUCAAUGUACUCAUAUGUGGACUACCGGAAAAAGUUUCAUUUGAGGAAGAAGCUCUUGUCUGUAGGAAUUCAUGCUAUUUGCCGUGCGGAAAUUAGUCUUGGGCAUCGUGUGCUAAGGAGCUUCUGAUGAAAUAUUUACCUGUAGUUUCAAUGUACUCAUAUGUGGACUACCGGAAAAAGUUUCAUUUGAGGAAGAAGCUCUUGUCUGUAGGAAUUCAUGCUAUUUGCCGUGCGGAAAUUAGUCUUGGGCAUCGUGUGCUAAGGAGCUUCUGAUGGUAUUAUUACAGAACGGUAUUGCAGUAUAAUACAUCACAUGGGAAAAAUAAAAUAGACAUAACCGAGUUAUAGAUAGGUUGAAAAGCGAAAGUGGAACACGAAAAAAUAAGAGAAGUCUGAUAUAAUGACCAAUGUUGGAUUAGGCAUUAAACACCACACCAAUACGGGUUUGGAAGGAACGAUAAUAUUUCUUAUCUUCUUAAAUAUUCUUAAGCCGUGAUAAAUCCCAAUAUAUGCACAAACAGUUCGUGUCCAAUUGUAAUAUUUGUGAUAAUACCACAGAAAACAAAAUAUAUUUGUUCUGAGAUGUAUCAUAAAAUAUAUAUAUUUUGGUUUUACUGAUACUUUUUACUAUAUGGACCAAAGUACAGUAUCUACAGACCGUAGACCGUUACAAUAUUGUAGCGCUGUUGGCUCCUUCUUUACUGAAGCUUUCGUCUCAUCAUUUCCGUUGGGGUGUAUUGCCUGUAUUAAAGCUCCCUUAUUUGGGGGGAGGGUGGUGGAGUGCCAACAACUAUUCGACAGAUGUCUGUUUUGUUUCCAUUUCGGUAAUAAGCUAAAGUUCAAUAAUUUUGAGUAUUUUUAGAGUGUACAAUAUAUUAUCCUUCGGAUGG